AUGCCCGAGAUCGCAGAGAUAUCGCGCAUUGUACAUUACUUGAAGAGGUAUGUCGUCGGAAAGACGAUAGGUGCAGUCAAGACCCAAGAAGAUGAUAUCAUAUAUGGCAAGGUUGGAACCUCAGCAUCCGCCUUCCAAAAAGCGAUGACAGGGAAAAAGAUCCUGGAUGCGCGACAACAGGGCAAGUACUUCUGGCUGGUCAUGGAUUCGCAACCACAUGCCCUCAUGCACUUUGGCAUGUCAGGCUGGAUGAAGUUUAGCAACGACGACUCAGCAUACUACCGGCCAGCCAAGGCCGAGGAAGAAGAAUGGCCUCCACGGUACUGGAAGUUUGUGCUUGAAAUGAAAGAAGACCCGAAGAUCGAAGUCGCAUUUGUUGAUCCGCGAAGACUUGCGAGGAUACGGCUGGUAGACGCAAAGGCUGAGGACAUGAGGAACACAACGCCGUUGAAAGAGAAUGGGCCUGACCCAGUGCUUGACAAGGAUGUCUUGACUGUGGAGUGGCUUGGCAAGAAGCUGAGAAAAACUAGCAAUAUUUCCGGCAUCGGCAACUGGGUUGGUGACGAGAUCAUGUACCAGGCCAAACUCCAUCCAGAGCAGUACAGCAACACGUUCAGUGACGAGCAGAUUAAGCAACUGCAUGACGCGAUGAUGUAUGUCUGCGAUACUGCAGUCAAGCAUCUCGCUGAGAGUGACAAGUUUCCUGCGGAUUGGCUGAUGAAAUAUCGAUGGGGAAAAGGAAAAAAGGAUGCAAACAAGCUGCCAAAUGGACAGACAAUCAGUUUUCUCAAAGUUGGUGGCCGGACCUCUGCCAUUGUAGCGAGCGUGCAGAAGAAGACGGCAGCUGUCGCAGGCGAUGUUUCUGAAGGUGCUGAAGAUGACGCCGAGGUGAAGGAAGCUAAGCCAAAGAAGGGCGGAAAGAGGAAGGCGGUGGUCAAAGACGAGGAAGACGAGGAGACGGCAUCUGCGAAGCCUAAGAGAGCGCGGAAGAAUAUGGUGAAAGAAGAGAAUGAUAGCGAUGAGGAAGACGGACCCGUACCGGCUGCGAAGAAGCAAAAGAACGUGGCCAAUGGAGCUGCGAAGAGGGGAAAGAAGGCACAGGAGGUCGAAGUCAAGGCCGAGGACACGAGCGGGCGUCGUCGAUCUGGCCGUCUUUCGAACAAGGAGCAGACGCUCUUCAAGUCUCUUGUCAAGUUCUACGAGGGCAAGCAGUACAAAAAGGGUAUCAAAGCAGCGGAUCAGAUUCUACGGAAACAUCCCAACCAUGGCGACACACAGGCGAUGAAGGCCCUCAUCCUGAACUCUCAAGGCCAGGGUGAGGAAGCUUUCAACCUCUGCAAGCUAGCGCUCAAGAAUGACAUGAGGUCGCACAUUACGUGGCACGUCUACGGCCUGCUGUGGCGUUCAGUCAAGAAUUACGAGGAGGCGAUCAAAGCAUACAAAUUUGCCCUCAAAAUCGAACCGAACUCGCUCAAUAUUCUCCGAGACCUCGCUCUUCUACAAUGCCAGAUUCGCGACUUCGAAGGGUACAUCGAAAGCAGGCGCAAGAUGAUGCAGGAGCGCCCACAAUUGCGACAGAACUGGACUGCGCUCGCUAUUGCUCACCAUCUCGCAGGCAACUAUGCUGAGGCAGAGAAUAUCCUGAAGACGUACGAGGAGACGUUGAAGCAGACCCCACCCAAAUCCGAUCUCGAACACUCCGAAGCCACACUAUACAAGAACAUGAUAAUAGCCGAGUCCGGAGAUACCGAGCGCGCGCUGGCUCAUUUGGAGGAGGUUGUACGGAACAGCUUGGAUCGCACCUCUGCUCUGGAGAUGAAGGCACAAUACCUGCUUCAGCUUGGAAGGAACGAAGAAGCCGAAAAAGCCUACAGAACACUUUUGGACAGAAACAACGAGUAUCGUGCUUACUAUGAUGGGCUGGAAAAGGCGCUUGGUCUCAGCCGCACCAAUGAGGCAGACAUCGCCAAGCUCAAGGACUUGUAUGACUCGUACGCGAAGAAGAGUGAACGCAAUGACGCGCCCAGGCGGAUUCCCCUGGAAUUCAUCUCAGGAGAUGACUUCAAGACUGCUGUGGACGAGUAUCUUAGACGCAUGCUGAACAAGGGCGUUCCUUCGACAUUCCCGAACAUCAAAUCGCUUUACCAAGAUGCAGAGAAGAAGGCUGUUAUCGAAGAGCUUGUGCUCGGAUAUGCUGCGGAAAAGCACGCCAAUGGUUCUGCGCAAGGCGAGUCCAACGGCGACACGUCAAAGCGUUUCGAGCAAUCCGUGCUCUACUUCCUCGCGCAACAUUACAACUUUGCCCGGAGCCGCGAUCUGAAGAAAGCAACGGAAUACAUAGAUCGGCUGAUUGAGCUAGACCCGAAGUCGGUGGACUACCAUCAAACGAAGGCGCGGAUACAGAAGCACGCUGGUGACGUCCAGAAAGCUGCAGCGACGAUCGAGCACGCUCGACAACUCGACGAGAGGGACCGCUACAUCAACACAAAGUGCGCCAAGUACCAGCUCCGGAACAACGAAAACGAGAAGGCGCUAAGCACCAUGAGCAAGUUCACGCGCAACGAAACAGUUGGCGGCCCCCUCGGCGACCUUCACGACAUGCAGUGCAUGUGGUAUCUGCUUGAGGACGGCGAGGCGUACCUCCGAAAACAGGACUUCGGCCACGCACUCAAGCGCUUCACCGCCAUCGCUGACAUUUUCGACGUAUGGCAUGAGGACCAGUUUGACUUCCACAGUUUCUCGCUGCGCAAGGGCCAAAUUCGUGCGUACAUGGACAUGGUCAGAUGGGAAGAUCACCUCCGCAAUCAUCCGUUCUUCACACGUGCAGCCAUCCAAGCCGUUGAGAUAUAUCUGAGACUCGCCGACGACCCUAGAAUAUCAAACCCGGAGCAAUAUGACCUAGAGAAGAUGGAACCCGCAGAACGCAAGAAAGCUGAAAAGAAGGCGAAGAAGGACAAGGAGAAGGCAGAGAAAGCCGAGGCAGAUAGGAAAGCUGCUGCUGCUGCGAAAGCAACAGCCAAGGCGGAUGAUGGCGAGACCAAAAAAGAAGACACAGACCCGACGGGCACCAAACUGCUGCAAACCAAAGAGCCAUUAGAAGCAGCUUUGCGAUUCCUGCGGCCUAUGCUCGAGCUCAGCCCUAAGAACGUCGAGGCUCAGAACGUCGGCUUCGAGGUCUACCUGCGGCGCAAGAAGUAUCUGCUCGCCCUGAAGUGUCUCCAAGCUGCACGCGAGGUUGACCCCGAAGACCCCACAGUGCACGAACAGAGCAUCCGCUUCCGUCAGACAAGUAAGUGUCCUCCAUGCCUUGUCAGCGAUCUGCUAACCGAGACAGUCGCGCAACUAUCUGAACCUCUGCCAUCACAAGUAUCGCAAGUCAUUAAUGAGACAUUCACCACACCCGCAGUUGACGCUGACCUUAAAGCGUACAACGAUUCCUUCCUCCAGAAGCACCCCGAGAGCGCGUCACAUCUUCAAGCUGCCUAUAAUGUCCGACACAUCCUUGACAGCACCUCCAAGUCCCAGAACGAGCAGGACUUGAUCAAGGUUCUGGAUCUCCCCGAUGUUACGAUACAGCAAGCACUUGCCGGGUUCGGGCUGUUGGAGGAGUGGAGGAGUGAGAAGCAGGUCAAGGACGACUAUCGGGCGAAGGCCGCCGGUCGGUGGAGCGAGGCGACUGUUUUCAAACAGUAGAAGUGCCAACAAAACCCCCGUUUAUUAUUCCAUGUGUACGAAUUGCGCCGCGACUACAUAGGUACCAUCUCAGGUCUCAUAGCGUCUGCCUCAUGAUCUUGGGAUUAGUGCAUAGCAUAGCAUAACGCAUGUGCGUUUGUAGUGCGUCCAUGAGCACAUGUAAAAGCAAACUACAAAUAGACAGAAUAAUUCUAGUCAGUGCUUUUGCAGCACCUGGCACUGCAUUUU